ACAUAAACAAGUUUAGUUGAUAUAUCUGUGGCAAUGGUAGUUGCAUUUGUGGGCAUAGCUAAAUCCAUUGGGGAACAUUGUUUGAAGCGACCACAACGCUACUUCUCCGGUUAUUUACUUGUUCACAGGAAUUCAAAGUAUGGAGUCCAAAAAUGGCAAUUUCAGAGUCACAGAAAUCUCAUCUUACAGUCCGCUUCUCAAUCCGUUAAAUUGGAAACACUUUCCGAUUCCGAUUCCGGGAUUUUGGAGGUUAAAUUGGAUAGGCCAGAAACGAGAAAUGCAAUUGGAAAGGAUAUGUUAAGAGGAUUACAACAUGCCUUUGAAACAGUGAGUAAUGAACGUUCAGCAAAUGUUUUGAUGAUCUGCAGCUCGGUUCCGAAAGUGUUUUGUGCUGGAGCUGAUUUGAAGGAACGAAAAACUAUGACUCCAUCGGAAGUACAGGAUUUUGUAAACACUUUGCGAUCAACAUUUUCCUUUUUGGAGGCUCUUCAUAUCCCUACAAUUGCUGCCAUUGAGGGUACAGCAUUGGGUGGGGGACUUGAAAUGGCCAUGUCUUGUGAUAUCCGGAUCUGUGGUGAAGAUGCAGUGUUGGGCUUACCUGAAACAGGACUAGCUAUAAUACCAGGAGCAGGAGGAACACAACGGCUUCCUAGAUUGGUUGGAAAAUCAAUUGCAAAAGAUAUAAUAUUUACCGGCCGAAAGAUAAGUGGGAAAGAUGCUGGAUCAAUAGGGCUUGUCAAUUACUGCGUUCCUGCUGGUGAGGCUCGUCUCAAGGCACUUGAACUUGCCAGGGAUAUUAAUCAGAAGGGUCCACUGGCUUUAAGGAUGGCAAAAUGUGCGAUUGACAAAGGAGUGGAGCUAGAUAUGCAAUCAGGUUUAGCUUUGGAGUGGGAUUGCUACGAGCAACUGUUAGACACAGAAGAUCGUUUAGAAGGCCUUGCUGCAUUUGCUGAGAGGAGAAAACCUAUGUACAAGGGUGAAUAAACAGAUUAUAAACACACCCAAUAGAUAAACUGAUCAUUCAUAACGAAGACCAAACAAAAAAUACUCCAUUUAUAUGUUAUCUAAUUCAUCAUGUCUUAGUGUUGCGCGUUGUGCCAACUUUAUCUACCACUUCGAUGACACGACAACAAUGGGCAUUCAUGAACAACGUGCUUCCGACUAGUGGGAGUCUAAUGUACGGAUAUUCUUAUUUGCAUUUCUGUAAACAAGACUGUUUUCGCGCUUUGAACCCGUGAGCACAGGCUUUUAAGUUUUAAGGAGCAAUUCUUAAUGUUCCUUGCAUAGUGAAGCAAAAUCUAAAUGCUAA